AUGUGCAAGUGUUCUGCACCGUUCUCUCUCCAGAUCUCCUUGAUCAGUGGACGCACUCAGUCGGUCGCUGCGGAUCCGAGCUGGACCGUGAAAGAGCUUCGUGCAAAACUGCAGCGCGAACUGAAACUGGGCAUCGGUAGCCUUGUCACUGCAAGAAGCGCAGUUCUGGAACCCACAUGCACUCUGGCUGAUGCUGGUUUGCAAGAUGGGGACCUUGUCACGGCACUCGUGCGUCAAGCCUCACUUGCAUCUGCCCGGGUUUCCACAUCUUUCGCUAUGAUUCAGACCGACGGCUCUGUGAUUACUUGGGGCAGUCCAUGCUGUGUCUCUGGUCAGAAAAGCGUGCCUUUUGCACAGUUGCAAGAUGUCCAUCAAGUUCGAGCCUCCGACAAUGCGUUUGCUGCCAUUCUUCGAGAUGGCUCCGUCGUGACCUGGGGGCUGUCAAAGCAUGGAGGUGACAGCAGCGCUGUGCAGCACCAACUGCAAGACGUGCAAGAGAUCCACGCAUCCAACUAUGCCUUCGCGGCGAUUCUUGGAAACGGCAAGGUUGUGACCUGGGGUUGGCCGAGUUAUGGUGGUGACAGCAGUGCAGUCCAGGAGCAGCUGCAGGAUGUCGAGCAAGUUCAAGCCACUGGUGGAGCAUUUGCAGCACUGUUGAAGAAUGGUCGGGUGGUGACGUGGGGCACGUCAAUCUACGGUGCCGAUAGCAGCUCCGUCCAAGACAAGCUGCGAAAUGUGAAGCAAAUUCGGGCCACGGCUUUCGCUUUUGCAGCUCUUCUGAGCAAUGGAGACGUGGUAACGUGGGGAGCUCCAAUCUUCGGUGGCGACAGCAGCAAUGUCAAGGAAGAAUUGCACCACGUUCGGUCGAUCGCUGCUUCCAACCAUGCCUUUGCAGCCAUUCGAGAGGAUGGGCAUGUGGUCACUUGGGGUGGAGCAGCAUACGGCGGAGACAGCCGACAGGUGCAGAAGGAGCUGAUCGAUGUUGAAGAUGUUCAAGCCUGUGGCUUUGCAUUUGCCGCACUCCUGCGGAACAAGCGUGUCGUCACUUGGGGUUCACCAGCCUACGGCGGAGAUUCUAGCAGGGUGCAAGAGCAGCUUACAGAUGUGCGGGAAAUCCACGCGUCGAACUAUGCCUUUGCCGCAGUUCUGGGAAGUGGGCGUGUGGUGACUUGGGGGAGUGCCAACCAUGGUGGAGACAGUAGUGCUGUCCAAGAUCAGCUGAGAGAGGUACAGCAGAUAGCGGCUUCCUGCGGCGCCUUCGCUGCCCUUGUUGGUGGUGUACAGCUUGUCACCUGGGGAAACGCAGCCUGCGGCGGGGACAGCGGUGCGGUACAGAACAUCUGGGCUGUGGGCAUGUUGGGCAUCGUUACAACAGGCGGCGGGCAAGCCCGCUGGAUAUACCGCGACGCUUUCAAUUUGUGCGCGCAGUUGGCGGCGAAGGCAGACGCGCAGAGAGCGCAGCAGCGAGUCAAGCCAUUGACGCUCCUUGGCGGGGGCGAGAAGCCACACCUUCCACCUUUGCCGCCGACACUGCGCAAUUCGGACGUCCCGGCCAAGGAUGUCGAGCAAAUACAGUCCACCUACCACUGGAGGCCUGUACAGAUCCGCGAGCACUGCUUUGCCUCGGACCAGCCGGGCCGCACCUUGGGAACAUAUGUCAACACCCUGAGCUUCAGCUUGGCGCCGCAAAUCUUGCAGGGCGCCAAGCCUCUUCAGAUUCGACUUGCUCCUGGAAACUUCACGGCCCAGGGAGCGGUCUGGUGCUACAUCCUUGAAGACUCCUUUGUCCAGUGUCGUGGUGUGGUCAUCGGCACCUGCCCGAAGACCCACGAUCCUGAGAACGGCAGGAACAUUCGCAUAUGCCGUCUGCCAGUGGAGGCGCGCCCGCGCCGUGGCCUUCAGUUUGCGGCGCUCUCGAGAGAAGCCUAUGAUGUUGGUGGUCACAUCACCUACACUUCCAGCCGCGUAGCCUUGACAGUCACUCCCGAUGGCUGGAUAUGCGGCCACUCCACUCGUGAGAUGGAGGGGGCCAUAGAUCUCUCCGCUAUCCGAUUCUGCAAACAGGGUGGCAUCUCUCUGACGGAUGAGGUGACGCUUCACACGGUGGAUGUUCGCGGCUCGCGGCUGGUUUGCCUUCAGGGCCAUCUAUCCGAGUGCUUUUAUGUCAUGGAAUCCAAACGCCCACUGGCCAUGCUUCCAGAGAGCUGCCGGCCGAAGGAGGUGCUACAUUUUGUGACCCCGGGAUCUGGACCUGGGGCCUUCCACCUGAUUCAGAUUCGACCCACACAAGGCUCGGGCAUUGGUGGCGAUCUCAUGUGGAAAGAUGGUGUCUGGAAUCACGACCAGGUCCAUUUAACCGGCAUAAUGUAUGAGGUCAGUGCCGAUGCUUUGUCGUUGUCGUUCCUCGAUGCUUCCUGGUCACCGGAGAUCUUGAAGAUCUUUGUGGCAGAGUUUCAGAAGUUUCUGACGGCAAAGUUUGGCAGCGUCGAUGAUGCCUGGGUCGAGGCGUUCGACCUGAAUGGACUCGGGGUGGUCAACUUCACACAGUUCAGCAUGGGUUGCAAGAAAGCCGGCUACGUUGGCAAUGCUACGCGGCUGUGGGCAGCGAUCAAUGACGAUCACGGCGAUGUGAUCUGCCUAGAUCAGCUUGCCAAGAAUUACUUGGAGCCCGAGCCUUCUGACGCGCUGCUGGAGAUCGGAAACGGAGAGCAUCCGCCACCAGCCCUGGAGGAUGGAGCUUGA